AUGCUGUUAACUAAACCGAACAAGUUUCAGAUCCCACCCCCUCACCCUGUGUUACUAAAGCGAAUUAGAGAAGAAAGGAUGAAACUGACGAGCUCAUUUGAGUCAGGUAUCAAUAUCAUCGAUAUUGAAACAUCAUGGGAGAUAGAUAAGUUCAUAUCUCAUCACUUCAAUACUUCCAUCGGAAAUGUUUUAAAAUCGAAAUCCAGCAGUAAGAAAAGACCUAUGAACGCUUUUAUGGCAUUUCGUACAUACUAUGCCCAAUUAGGCACCGGCCUCAAACAAAAUACACUCUCCGUCAUUCUCUCAGAAGCUUGGAACGCCCCAGAAACGGAUCAAAAUAUUUGGGACAUAUUCGCGCAGCAGUUUAAUUUUGCGAGUCCUCGGUGUGGGUUUGUAAAUUAUAUAAUGGCCCAUGCGUCCUCAGCGCCAUGA